AUGAAGAAGAACUUUGAUGGAUGCACUAGUUUUGGCGGCCCGGGAACUUCUCUCGGAGAUUUUACCGUCAAGUCCCUCGAUGCUCUCUUGACAGUGAAAAAUUCAUCGGACUGCUGGCCCACAAAGCAGAAAUCGGACCGGUUAUUGGAGAUAGCACAAGCUACGUCUUAUGGCAAUGAAACGGACACUUAUGACGAAUAUACCGAAGAGGCAUAUAAGAUCACACCAGUUUUGACUCUAUUUGUUGGUGGAAACGGCAGCAUCGUCGACCAUACUUCUUCUCAGAUGACCUGCUUGAAGGCUAUUACUAUAAAGAAGCAUGCCGUGGAGCCGGAGAACCCGGAGAACAAAGCGAUGAUUUCGAGGGGCAGCUGGAUGAGUUUGGUGAUUGUGGGGCUGGCAGCAAUUAUUAUGACUCUAUGA